GAAAAGCUUUUGUGCCAGCUCGAAGCAGCAACGUAGAAAAAAAGCAGUAAUUAACGUCGCCAGCGAAGGAAGCAGGCCUACAAACACAUAAACAGAGAUGGGGAAGAAAAGUCGCCUCCCUGGAGGAGCCGUCGGUCGGAGAACUAUAUUGCAGCUUUCCCCACCCGGGAACCGCGGCGUGAAUGUUGGAGAGAGAGAAGAAGCGCCCUCGGGAUCUGAUGAUGAACAGGAUGGGGAUGGGCAUAGAUUCGUGAGACGCACAAACAUCAAGGCUCCAGCAGUAAAAGCUACAGAGGGGUUGUCUUUGCUCGGAGCCUAUGAGGAUAGCGAUGAAGAGGAUGCGGGAGAUUCUCAUCGUUCAGCCGCAAAUUCUCAACACAAUCAGUCAGGUGACAUCGACAGCACACUGGCCAAUUUCAUGGCUGAAAUUGAUGCAAUCACAACUCAGCCAAGUUCAGAUGAUGCACCAACUCCAGUUCCAAGUGCUACUCCACCCAAACCUGAGGUUAAUACUCAGCAGCCAGCUGCUGGUGAAGGACAGAAUCAGCAAGGCACAGACUUUGAGUACAAUACACAGUACUCACUAGCCGGCGUGGGUGUAGAGAUGGGAGACUGGCAGGAGGUGUGGGACGAGAACUCUGGUUGCUAUUAUUACUGGAACACACUGACCAAUGAAGUGUCCUGGGAGCUGCCACACUAUCUAGCUGAUCAGGUGCAAAGCCUGGGACAUUAUACCAACAGCUCGAGUGUCAAUGGAAAUGGCACAGCUCAUGCAGGUUAUUGCACAGAAGAAAAUGCUGUAUCUGCUGCCACAACAACAUCAGCAAAAGAGACAAAAGUGAAGGAGGUAAUUGAAAGCGUUGUAGGCCUCACAAGUGAAGAGGAAGAGCGCCAGGGAGUUGCUGCAGCACUCCUCGCUCCUCUGAUCCCCUCUGAAGUGAAGGAAGCAGAAGAGAAAUGGAGGAAAAGACUGCUUAAAGGCCUGGAUGAGAGUGAGAAUAGCUUGGAUUCUGACGGAGAUGGCAAUCGUCUUACAGGAUCUCCUUCUACCCCUCUGAGGGACUCCGACUCAGCUCCCAUUGUCCAGAAAGAUGGAUGCACCAAGAAGCAAUCUGGAGACAACUCCGAAGGUGAGGAAGAGGCAGAAGAGGACACCAUGGAGUUAGAACUGGCUCUGGAAAGGAAAAAGGCUGAGCUACGAGCACUGGAGGAGGGUGAUGUCAGUGCUGGGGGCUCCAGUCCUUGUUCUGAGAAUAGCCAAGAAGCCUCGGGUCCUCGUGGUGUCCUGCUGAAGAAGAACCGGUGGAAGACUUCUUUCCUCAGUGCUGCCAGCCCCGACUCUAACAGUAUAAGCUCAGAUAUACCGGAUAACACAGAGACCGCACUUCCUAAAGUCUUAGAAAGUGUUGAGGAAGGAGAAGACAAUGAAGUGGAAACUUCUGAGGACAAAAUGGGUUCAAAACCUUCCGUGAAGGAGGAGGGGGAGACAUCUGAGCUCAAAGAAGAAACUCCUGAGCUCAAGUUUCAGAUCGGUGAACUGGCAAACACCUUAAUAAGCAAGAUGGAGUUUCUUGGGAUAAAUAAGAAAGGGAUCUCAAACUUUCAGCUGCUUCUGCUACAAACUGAGACACGGGUUGCUGAUUGGAGGGAGGGCGCGCUGAAUGGAGUCUAUCUUCGCCGCCGGCUGCAGGAAGCUGCCGAACACAUAAAAUAUUACGAACUUAACGCCACCCCUAAAGGCUGGUCCUGCCACUGGGACAGAGAGCACAGGCGGUAUUUCUAUGUGAAGGACCGGACCGGUGCCUCCCAGUGGGAUUUUCCAACAGAGGAUGACAAGGAGGAGGACCUGAAAGAUGGCCAGGGUACUCAGACACAGACUUCAAGCCAGGUGGAUACCAAAACAAGUGCAUCAGGUGUCACAGGAUCUACAUGUCCUCCUACUGCCCCGCCACCGCUACCUCCUCAGCCCAAUCCAUCAUCCUUCUGGUCCCCAUCCCAACCUCCACUUCCUGACAGCCCUCCUCCACCAUCCAACUACCCCCCACCUCCACCACUCCCCCCAGGCUCACCACCUCCCCCACCUCCCCCUCCUGACAGUGAUGGAGAGAUCAUGGAGGUGGAGAUGGAGAUGGAUGAUGACAAUGAUGAAGAGCCUCCAGCUCCUGGAACUGAGGAAGAUGGCAGUGGGAAGCCUCCUUUGCCACCAGGCUCUGCUAGCGCGAAGGCUGUCGAGUCAUCGGGUCCCCUGGGAAAGGGUCAAAAACGUAAAGCUGGUCAGAUGAAUAAAACCAUUACAAUUGGCAGCAGUCCCAUUCUGUACACCCAGCCAGCUGCCAGUGCAGCCCCUCUAAUGUCAGCAACUGCCUACUGGGGUAUGCCGGCCGUCCCUGCCCCUUUGGUACCUUGUGAACCUCCAGCUCCACCUGUCCCAGUUCUGCCUCCACAACCACCGCUGCCACCAUCUCAGCCACCCUUUGAACCUACUGGGGCAAAAACUCUGCCCACAGACAAGAGCAAGAAAACCAAAAAGGAUAAGCCCAAGAAAAGUAAGACCAAAAUGCCUUCUCUGGUGAAGAAGUGGCAGAGUAUACAGAAGGAGUUGGAUGAGGAAGAAAAGAGCAGUUCCAGUGAUGAAGAUAGAGAGCUGCUCAACAAGAAAAGUAUUGAAGAGUGGAAGCAACAGCAGCUCAGCACAGGAAAAGCUUCAAAGAAUGCCAACUUUGAGGCACUGCCUGAGGACUGGCGGGAACGCCUGAAGAAAAGGAAGAUGAACAGCACGUAACAUCAGGUCUGGGUCAUACACUGUCCAGGCAAUGUUUUUAAAAACCACUCCAACCACUGUCAUUAGGUUAUCCUUCCCCAGCUUAGAGUUUUCUCUAAACUUGAACUUUUAAUUGUCCGUGAUGAAGACAUUUCGAAGCCCUUACAUGGCAGGCCAUGAAUGUCCUUCUCCUGGUUUUUGUAGCCACCACUGUAAAUGUGCCAAAAGUCUCGAGUAAAUCGGUAUAUCAAGUGUUUCAUGGCUAUUUUGUAUAGCCCCUUGUAGAUGAUCACCCAUUUGUUUUGGAGGAUUUUAUUUUAUUGAGCAUUUUUACAAUGUUGUAUAUAAAAUGUAUAAUGGGAUAAGCCAUGUUUGUGGAAGGGGGAACUUCGUUGAACUUGUAUAUUUUGUAAAAAGUUAUUAAAAAAUGUUUCUAAAGUGA